AUGGCAGACGACGAACUCUCUGCUAAACUCCGUCGUAGACAGACCUUAAGUGAAUCCGGAUCCAUCGACGAUUCAAAUAAGAAACGAAUCUUUAAUCCUUAUACCGACUUUCCCGAAUUUUCACGUAAAGAAAUCAAAGAAUACGAGAAAACAUUCAAAAAGUUCGAUGUGGGUAAAGAUAAUUUCAUCGAUUUCCAAGAAUUGAAGAGAAUGAUGGAGAUUCUUGGUGCUCCUCAGACUCAUUUGGCUUUGAAGGAGAUGAUCUCGGAAAUUGAUGAAGAUAACGAUAAUAAAAUUAGUUUUCGUGAGUUCCUAUUGAUAUUCCACAAGGCCAAGGCAGGAGAGCUGUUGUCGGACAGCGGACUCGGUCAGUUGGCAUCAUUGACCGAAAUUGACGUAGAAAAGGAGGGCGUCGGAGGUGCCAAAAACUUUUUUGAGGCCAAAAUUGAAGAGCAAUCUAGAGGAAAGAGAUUUGAAGAAGAGAUCAGAGCCGAACAAGAAGAAAAACGUAAACAAGAGGAGGAGAGAAGGCAACGUAAAGAAGCUUUUAAACACAAGGCACGAUUUUUCGAGCAGGCUGCGGCAUCUUGAAUGUUUGUUGUUCCAUUCUUUUUCCUUUUAGAUGUGUAUAAAUGCCAUUCGGAGUCGAAACUUAUGCCGAAUAAUUCUUUCACAGUAGUUGUUAAAUGUUAAUUCUUAAUUGAGAGUUUAAUUGCUUGUUGAACAAUUUACAGUCUUUAAGCCAUAUCGAUUAAUUUUUACAUUUAAAAUGAAUAGUCCAGAAGGCAUAUCAUCUUGCAU